AUAUUCUUUAGCUGAAGAGGAAGCAAAUGAAGAAGAUGUACUGGGAGAUGAAACAGAGGAAGAAGAACCAAAGCCAAUAGAUCUUCCUGCCAAAGAAGAAGAACCUGCUGAAAAAACUGUUGACGUGGCAGCAGAGAAGAAAGUGGUAAAGAUUACAUCUGAAUUACCACAGACUGAGAGAAUGCAGAAGAGGGCUGAACGAUUCAAUGUACCUGUGAGCCUGGAGAGUAAGAAAGCUGCACGGGCAGCUAGAUUUGGGAUUUCUUCAGUUCCAUCAAAAGGUCCGUCAUCUGACACCAAGCCUAUGGUUAACCUGGAUAAGCUAAAGGAAAGAGCUCAAAGAUUUGGUUUGAAUGUGUCUUCAAUCUCCAGAAAGUCUGAAGAUGAUGAGAAGCUGAAAAAGAGGAAGGAGCGGUUUGGGAUUGUCACAAGUUCAGCCGGAACAGGAACCACAGAGGAUACAGAGGCAAAGAAGAGGAAAAGAGCAGAGCGUUUUGGGAUUGCCUGAUACAAAGCUUUUGAUGCUCUAUUUUCCAGUCGUUUCCAGCUCUCUGAUUCUUGGUCAUAUGUGUGUAUAUAUAUUAUACCUAAAUGCACAGUCAUGCGCCUAGGUCCUGCCUUGCAGUGAGGGAGCAUGUACCCCAGGUACAUCUGUGAACUCCAGCAGCAAUUUGACUUAUUGCUGUUUCAACUUUAAGGUUGUUGUGUUACUAGUUGUUUUUUUUUUUUUUAAUUAAUAUUAUUAUUUUGCUUGUUAAUAAAAAAAUAGAAAAGAGAACAAUGUGUCUUAUUAGGUA